GUUUCUCUGUGUCUAAUCCCCCUCCUCUGGGCGCCAGCGUAUAAAAGGGCGGGGCAUGCUCCGAGCCACACACGCUCUCUGAGUGAGGCAGAUCACACACACACACAGUCAUCAUGUCCAGUGAUAAGUCCAAGGCUGCCUCCCAGACCGACGGGAAGGCUACCCAGAGCAAGAAGUCCGAGAUGGGCAUGAUGUCCUACAAGAUGUUUGUGUUUGACCAGGAGAACUUCCAGGGUCGCAUGGUUGAGAUCAGCAACGAGUGCAUGAACGUGUGUGAGAUGGGCAUGGACCGCGUCCGCUCCCUCCGCGUUGAGUGUGGACCCUUCGUGGGCUUCGAGCAGAUGAACUUAUGUGGUGAGCACUACAUCCUAGAGAAGGGAGAGUACCCCCGUUGGGACUCUUGGAGCAACUGUCAGAAGAAUGACUACCUGCUGUCCUUCAGGCCCGUCCGCAUGGACCCAGAGAAACACAAGAUCUGCCUGUACGAGGUUGGAGAGUUCAAGGGUCGUAAGAUGGAAAUCAUGGACGAUGACGUUCCCUCUCUGUUCUCCUACGGCUUCACCGACAGGGUCGGCAGCAUCAUGGUCAGCUGCGGAACCUGGGUGGGCUACCAGUUCCCUGGAUACCGUGGCUCCCAGUACCUGCUGGAGAAGGGCGACUUCAAACACUUCAACGAGUUCGGCGCCCGUCACCCCCAGUUCCAGUCCGUGAGGCGUAUCCGCGACAUGCAGUGGCACCAGCAGGGAUGCUACACCAUGGCCAGCAAGUGAGGCUCAGGGAAGGAGAGAAAGAGAAAGAGCGGAAGAGAGGGAGAGGGGCGGAGGAAGAGAGAGAGAGGGGGAGAGAUGUCUGAGGCCUUGCCGAACCCCUGGCUGAAGCCAACCAUCUGAAACAGCAAGGGAGAGGGACCGCCUGGCUAGAGAACACCUGAAAAUCAGACAACCCCUCCAUCACUCUCUAUCUUCUCUUUCUCUCCUGUGGUCCGACCUUGCCCCCCCCCCCCCCCCCCCCCCCAACCCGCAUUCCUUUCCAUUGCAGCACCAAAGAGGGAACAAUGAUGAUUCUCGUCUCAGGGUAUGAUGUACCAUGGGAAUAGGAUAUUUUAUAUCCUCCCCCCACUUCCUAAUCCUGUGUAGCGCACACCCUCUCUGCUGUACAGAAUCCUGGCCAACUUUUCAAUAAAAUGGAAAAUCUUGAUU